CCCUCCGCCUCGCUGGUCCCACGGGAGGAAACGCGGCGCGGACGGAAAGCGGAGAAAGCAGAACGAAUGCGAUUCAUCCGCGUUUGGUGACAAGUACGGGCCUACAGACAACAGACUGGACAGUUUUACAACACCAGAAGGCCCUGGACCCCUUUCCAGGUGUUCAGAUUGGGGAAGUGCAGUGGAAGAACAUGAAAUGAGGACCAAUGUUAACAAAGAAAUUGCAAGAUACAGAAGAAAACUCCUGAUAAAUGAAUUUUCAAGAGAAAGGAAGUCCUCCUCUGGAAGUUCUGAUUCGAAGGAGUCCACUGUGACAGUAGAACUCGAGACAGAUGAAGUGGUUUUGAUGAGAAGACAAAAACAGAUAAACUAUGGAAAAAACACAAUUGCAUAUGAUAGAUACAUUAAAGAAGUUCCAAGAUGCCAUCGUGUACCAGGAGUUCAUCCCAGAACUCCAAAUAAAUUUAAGAAGUACAGCCGUAGGUCAUGGGAUCAGCAAAUUAAACUAUGGAAAGUUGCACUGCAUUCCUGGGAUCCACCUACUGAAGAAGGAUGUGAUCUGCAAGAAAUUAGUCCUGUUGACCUUGGUGAGAUGGAGACAGAAUCUGUCGGAAGCAAUUCUACUGAAUCUCAAACGAGCUGUCAAGAUAAUGAUGAUACCUGUUCUGGCACUCCCACCAAAGUUAGACAUAUUGACUAUCAAGCAGAAGGUGAAUUUGACUUGGAAGUGUGUUUGAGUGAACCACUUAAAGAUUUCAAUACUGUGAGUUAAGUAGUCUCAUGCAAACUGUUUUAGAGGAAAUUACUUUUACAUUUGAGA